GCCAGCCGAUCCUGUUCCCGGUUCUUUCGUUGGGCUUUGUUGCUUGUCGCUCAUUCGUGCUGCAGAAAUGUCUGCAACGCAGUUACUCAAUCCCAAGGCCGAGUCGAGGCGGAGAGCGGAGGCCUUGAAGGUCAACAUCAGCGCUGGUGAGGGUCUUCAGGAUGUUCUGAAGUCUAACCUUGGCCCCUCGGGGACACUGAAGAUGUUGGUGGAUGGUGCAGGCGGAAUCAAAUUGACCAAGGAUGGCAAUGUUCUGCUGCGUGAGAUGCAAAUCCAAAACCCCACGGCUGUUAUGAUUGCCAGAGCUGCAACGGCACAGGAUGAUAUCACCGGUGAUGGAACGACAUCCGUUGUCUUGUUGGUGGGUGAGCUUCUGAAGCAGGCAAACCGACACAUCUCCGAGGGCUUGCACCCUCGUGUCAUCACGGAUGGUUAUGAGAUCGCCAAGAAUGAAGCCCUGAAGUUCCUUGAUCAGUUCAAGCUUGAACGGCCCAUUGACCGCGAACUUUUGCUUUCCGUUGCCCGGACGUCCCUUAGCACGAAGUUGAACAGUGCCCUCGCCGAGAAACUUACCCCUGAUAUCGUCGAUGCAGUUCUCGCCAUCCACAGAGCUCCCGAGAAGCCGGAUCUGCACAUGAUUGAGAUCAUGACCAUGCAACAUCGGACGUCUUCCGACACUAGACUCAUCCGUGGUCUCGCCCUCGACCACGGUGCCAGACACCCUGACAUGCCCAAGCGUGUGGAGAACGCGUUCAUCCUGACAUUGAACGUGAGUCUGGAGUACGAGAAAUCGGAAAUCAACUCCGGUUUCUACUACUCUUCUGCCGAGCAGAGGGACAAGUUGGUGGAGAGUGAGCGCAAGUUCGUGGAUGCCAAGCUGAAGAAGAUCGUGGAGCUCAAGCAGCAUGUUUGCGGCACUGACCCGAACAAGAACUUCGUUGUCAUCAACCAGAAGGGAAUUGACCCCCUGAGCUUGGAUGUCCUGGUUAAGAACGGUAUCCUGGCUCUCCGGAGAGCUAAGCGGAGGAACAUGGAGCGUCUCCAGCUUAUCUGUGGCGGUACUGCACAGAACAGCGUUGAGGACCUGACGCCCGAUGUUCUCGGAUGGGCUGGCCUCGUUUACGAGCACCAGCUUGGCGAAGAGAAGUUCACUUUCGUUGAGGAAGUCAAGGACCCCAAGUCCGUCACUAUCCUCAUCAAGGGACCCAACCAGCACACCAUCGCACAGGUCAAGGAUGCUGUCCGCGACGGUCUGCGGUCCGUAUACAACACCAUCGUUGAUGGCUGUGUCAUCCCCGGUGCCGGUGGUUUCCAGGUGGCCUGCGCUGCUCACCUUUCUUCCGAGGCCUUCCGCAAGUCGGUCAAGGGCAAGGCCAAGUGGGGCGUCCAGGCCUUCGCCGAUGCUCUUCUGAUCAUUCCCAAGACCCUUGCGGCUAACUCGGGCCACGAUGUCCAGGACUCAUUGGCGGCUUUGCAAGACGAGCAGUCGAACGGCAACACCGUUGGCUUGGACCUGACCACCGGCGAGCCCAUGGACCCCAUCCAGGAGGGUGUGUUCGAUUCCUUCCGCGUGCUGCGCAACUGCAUCGCGUCCAGCACGGGUAUUGCCUCGAACCUCCUGCUCUGUGAUGAACUGCUGAAGGCCAGACAAAUGGGCCGGCAAGGUGGACCUGGCGGCAUGGAUGAGUAAUGUGGCUGUUAUGUAAAGAACAUCAGAUGCCCUCAUAUCUGGACUACUGGUUUAGAAAAAACAUUCUAUGUCAAAAAUUGUACUCAACCAAUACGGAAACCAUGCUAAUACUACCCCGACAUAUCCUAAUCAAUACGAUCACCUUGAUCCAC